AUGUUGCAACCGCCAUGUGGCUGGCGCACCGUUCAUGCCAAUGGGUUGAUGCCGCAGGCUUGCCAGUGCAAAUCCCACGGCGGGCCUCGCAUGGACAACUCUGAGGCUUGGACAGCCCAUCUACCGGCCCCUCGUUGUGUUCCAAUCGAACCUGGCAUGCAACAGCCGUGGCAUUUCGCUAUGCCGGGGAGUUUGGAGGCGGAUGCUGAUGUCAACCGACUUGAUGGCAGGUUAUACAACAAUGGUGAUUCUGUUUGGAACCAGUGUCCACGUGAUACCCACCGUUUAGCUGGUUGGCAAACGCAUUUAAGAUGCCGAGCCAACAGACCGAGAAAUGCCUACACCGACCAGCGGCCAUCUCAGCACUCUGCAGCACUCCGAUUGAAGGCACUGGAGCUCGAGCACGAAGAACUGCGGCGACAGUUGGAGUUGCAGCAGCUUCCACAGCGCCAAGACAGAAGCUGCCGGCCAAACACGUGUCAGGAUGGCCACAGUUGUGGCAGUCGUUGCUCUGGACCAACGAAGUCGCGCUCGCGAAGUGCAUGCGGGCCGCAGUCCCAACAUGCCGAACGCAGCCUCACUCACCGUGACGGGCAGCAGGGCCGGCAAUAUUCUGGCCGCGAGAUGCUCCAUGAAAGAGGAUGCGAGUUCAAUGGUCCGCUUUCGCCCCAGGCGAGCUCCGUGCAGCGGUCCAAGGUCGAUCCUGCCAAGUUCGUGACGAAGGGUCAAGCUAAGGAACGCAGGACGCAGAACUCCGAAAUGGUUGGGAGCGGUCGCUCCGUGCAGAACGGUUUUUCCACGCACGCUGUGGACAACUAUGUCCAACAUGCGCCGCAUGCCGACAAGAGCCAUCUGCAGAAGUUGGGAAGUGGUGGCUGGACCCAAGAUGGAUUCGACCCGAGAUACGGGACAUUUCAGGACACCCAACACGUGCGCCAACAAGAGAUGCCGAUCACUCGAACUGACGGGCUGAUGCCAGAUUUGCGACAGAUGCCCCGUGCUGUUUGCCCAACGCCUUACGCCCUAGGCUCUGUUUGUGGUCGUGGAGAGCGUGAGUUGCCGGGCUGGAGGAGCAUCAAGGACAGCAAGGAAAUCCUCGGAAAUUGUGCAGAGAUCCUCAAUUCAACGUGCAAGUACAUCUUCGACGUGCUUUCAGGUACGGAAGGUUGGAGUGGGUCCCUGAAGAUUCUCUCGGCUGCUGAUGGCUGUGCUGACGACAUGCUGCAAGAAGCGCAGGCCAGAUAUGUGCCAACAAGUGUGAUGCUUGCGCAUGCCUUUGCCUCCUCGGCUGGAGCCUGGUCCGACUACAGGACGAAGAUCCGGGUGUAUGGGGGAGAUGUGCGGAAUCCUGUGACACCUUUCUGGCAGCCGCAGGCAUUGCCGUGGCAGCUACCAGUGUACCUAGAUCAUCGCUUCAUAUUCCUCGACAACACACAGGACUUUGGCUCACAACUCUACAGCCAUGGCCAAUGUGAGGUUGGCCAGCUCUUCGACGUCGUGCUGCUGCGGCAGGGCUUGUGCUUCUGCGAUGAUCCAUCGAAGACAUCGACAGCCUGGCCGCUGGAAGUGAGCCUUUCCUGCACCUCCUGUGAGAACUGUCGGGCGGCUUUGAGCUCCGAGCAGCUACAGGCCCAGGAACCGGCCGUCGUUCGUGUCACUACAAUUUGCGGUGUGUAUCGUCUGGAGCCCUUCCUUUGCGAGAAUCGGCCCGCCUAUCGCUUGGGACGUUGUGUGCUGCGGUGGUGUCCCGAUCGACUAGAGUGGGCCGUCUUGGAUGACGCAGAUGGUGGAGCUUGGGCGUUUGCCCGCGGGGACCUGGGACACCCAACCCUUUCACGGGGGCCCUGGACAGUCUGGGAUGGCCAGAACCACGUGGCGGACGCAAGCUUCGCAUGCAACUUGGUGCAGCCUGCUGCAUCGCCUCCGUGGCAUCUCUUACCCACGCAGCUGCGAGCUGAGUCUAGCGCCAGUAAGAAAUCACCGUCUCAGCAGCACUGGCAGUGCGACCUGCCACAUUUCCACAACUGGGACUGUGUGGAAGAAAAAGUGCCACUGGACUGGGAUGAAGUGCAUGCAGCGGUUCUGGAAGGCUUCCAAGGACCCGGUGAUCCUGACUUUUUCGUACCUGGUGAGAUCUUAUACGCCUUCCGGGCAAGCAGUGAAGCUGCCAUGCAAGCAUGCCCUCUCGGUGCACUAUACCUUUCCAUUGUCUACUCAUAUGCUUUGCUGGUUAAGCACGCCGAUCGUGAGGUGCAGACACGACACAGUGAAACUGUGUCGAGCAUGUUACGGGCUUUUCCGAUUCUAGUGAUUGCCGGCUCGCGCUGGCCUGUCUACGAAGCGUUGCAUCACUUCAGCGGCUUUCACGAGCCAGUUUCCCAACGAUCUUCUGCGGUUGUAGUCUGCCAGGGUGCCACGUCUGCAUCAGGCAUUGACUGGGGGCAACUGCUGAAACACGCCACCCUCUUUUGCAAUCAGGGAAUGCUCGGGCUGGAGCCCGGGCAGGGAUCGCUGGAACACACGCUUUCUUUGAAGACCGUGAUGGAUGCUUUCGGUGCGGAACCUCAAAGGGUCGCCGAUGCAGCCCAGACUGAAUGUCCUUUGGGCUUUCUUUUUCUCUGCGUUGUGCAAAUGGCCGCUGCAGCAAUGAGGUUAACUGGCAGAGUUCAGAGUUGGGCAGAAUCUGUUGAGAAGCUUAUGAAAGAUUUACCUUUCUAUUUGGUCUCUGCAUCCCAGUGGCCAAUUUAUCCAGUCUUGGGCAUGCUGUCCGCCAUGUUCCAGCGUCCUGAAUACAGUCGUGCACUGGGUCGGCAAUUUCAUGGAGAAGUGCACAGAUGGGGAGGCACGCAUCCUGUGGCCAAACGAUUCCGUGCCUUUGGUGAUUUACGCUUGCUGCCCGAGGAACUGAUGCCGUUUGGAUUUGAUGAGACGGCAGAGGUCCAGGUGGAGAUCCUCGCAGCAGCCAGCCCUAACGAAUGGCUAAUUGGCAUGGCGGAUGCAAUCCAGGCAUUAAAGAUGCGACCGAUCUUCAGAACAGUUCUGGACACUAUCAUGCAGCUUGUCAGAGCUUCGCAGCGGCAUCAGCUCAGAGAGUGUGGUUAUUCCGGCAUUUCGCACGACAGGUGCAGAGUGCGAGGUUGUUCUUGGAAUGCAGAUGCUCUCCCUGCGUGCCAGCUGCCGCAGCCGAAGAGAAAGGUUGUCCUCACUACUUUCAUGUGGGGGCCGCGUUGGUCCCGCUUGAUUCCGGCCUUUGUGGCGUGGAUGCACAGACUGCGCAUACCAACUUUGGUAGUGGCGAUGGGGCAGGCAUGCCGGGAAGCAUGUGAAGUGGCCGUUGAAGCCAAUGGUGGCUGGGGGAACAGCUUGGUUGGCUGUUGGGAUCCCUUCGUGAACAGCAAAGCUCCGGAUUCGAACCAGGAGCUCGGCUCAAUACUUCAAAGGCACAGUGUGGUGCACUUGCUGCUUCAGCUUGGCAUUGACGCGGUCGCCUUCGACUUCGACACAUUUCUCUUUGAAGAUCCGCGGCACCAUUUGGAAACGCUUGCAGAGGCCAAGCAAUUGGACAUAUUGGUAGCCCGGCAUUUGGAUGCGGACUGCUUGAACAUGGGCUUCCUUUACAUCCGUUCGUCCGCCCGAACGGCGGAGUGGUAUACGAGGUAUUUCUCCUGGUUACAUCUGCACCCCUAUGAAAGGGAGCAGCGUGGUUUGAAUGCGCUCCUAAAGUUUACUGCUCAAUCGGUGUCCUUCCCUCCAAAGAUGCCCCGAGUGGCGUCUGCUGCACUGGACGAUUCAAACGAGUUUGUGAGCAGUCGUGGCGGCUGGCUCGGCGACUGGAAACGACUGAAAUUCUUUCAUUGGGUGAACCCUGCUGUGACUCUUUCGAACUGGCUGGAGCUGAAGCUAAGCGACAUUGCUGCGCUGUACGAACUCGCGCUUCAUCAUGAGACAGACCUGGCUUCGUACGGCAUGUCUUUGGGCCGACUGCUGGCUGUGGAAGGAGCUGAUGGACCUCAGACAAGAAUGAUGCGCACAGUGCUGGAGGAGUUCAUCAUCGCGGAAGCACCGAACAUGCCGCUCAUGCAGGCCAAGGAUCCGUACUUGGCAGUGCAGUCCGGCCAUGAAGCCUGGCAUCCUCCUUCUGCAGAACGCCAAGCCUUGAGGCGCAUGCUGCCGGCCUGUGCCAUGGUCAUCCACGAUCGCCACCUGUCAUUCUGUCUGUUGGAUGCCUUGGAAGAAGAGUUGGAUGUGCCGCCGAGGCGAAUGGUCUGCGCGGGCGUGACCGGAGAUGUUGAAAGCAUCAUCCGGCAGCAAUCCUGGACACGUCUAGACCAGAUUCCUUUGGAUUGCUUCACGGUGGAGGUGGAACAGUUGCACCGACAGCUCAUGGAGGCCGCACAGGUUUACAAUGACCGGCGGAGGGCAGCAGGAGGCUUGCCACUUCAUGCGGCUUGUGUUCUUUGGCGCACGGCGGCGACACAGUAUUGGUUGCAGUGCGAUGGCAUUGUUCUCUUCCAGCCUGGCAGCGCAGCGGAUCCAUACAGGGCGUAUGGUUGGCAGCUCACAGUUGAUUGGUGGAUGUUCUCCGGCAUUUAUUUGGCCGCUGAGGUGCAGCUCCCAUCCUCUGACAGGGCUCCAAAAUUUUCCUGA